UUGUUUUUCAUCCAAAAAGCAAACUUCAUCAAUAAUUCAGCUGGAAGGUUGUGCCGACAUGCAACGGAAGGACCAAUGAAGACAGCUCGAUGCUGGUCGGUUGCCUUCCUACUGUUGGGGCUCGCCGUGCUUGGCAACAAUGGGAGACCAAACAAGGAGGGCUAUGGGUCACCCCCCUAUCGACCAGUCAUGAAGUUCCGACACAAGGAUGUGAUCCCUGAGAGCUUGAGAGUAAAGGGGUUUAUAGGACAUACCAGCUACCCUGAUCCAUGCGAACACAAGUACUGUGGUUUGGGACGCCAUUGUGUGGUCAACCAUGGGGCUGACCAAGGGGAGUGCAGGUGCUUGGAUCACUGUAAACCCCACUAUAAACCCGUGUGUGGUUCCGAUGGGAGGCUGUAUCAGAACCACUGUGAGCUCCAUCGGGCCUCCUGCUUCAGCGGACAGAGGAUUACCAUCAUGCACAGCGAGGAGUGCUUCUACAAAGGUGAUGACUGCAGAUUGAGUGACUACCUUCGGCUGAAAACCAAGAUUUUGGAUCUGCAUGACAAACGAUACAUGGCAGCAACCUUCCAUGGCACUCACAAGGACAACAUGGCCGCCAAGCAGCAGCUGGUUGAUUUAAUGUUCAGACGCUUUGACGCAGACAAUAGUGGUCAAAUAGAUGCGAGCGAGCUCUCACAGGUCAUCAAGCAUGAAGGUUUAUCCAAGGAUACCUCUGAGUGCACGUUGUUCGACCUGCUGAAGUACAACGAUGUGAACGAUGACGAGCACCUGACGCAAGAAGAGUUUUACACAGCCUUUGAUGUUUUCCUGCUCAACCUUCCAGAAGACCAGAAGGUCAGCAUCACAACAUCGACAGUCGGACAGAGUGCGGUUUUGACUUGUGCCAUCACAGGGGAGCGGAGACCUCCUAUCCUAUGGAAGAGAAACAAUCAAUAUCUGAACUUCUUGAACCUGGAAGACAUCAAUGAUUUUGGGGAUGACGGCUCGUUGUACAUCACCAAGGUGACCACCACCCACAUGGGCAACUACACCUGCCAUGCUGACGGAUACGAAAAACUCUUCCAGACUCACAUUCUUCAAGUCAACGUUCCUCCAGUCAUUCGAGUUCAUCCAGAGAGCCAAGCCAGGGAGCCGGGUGUGACCGCCAGCCUGCGCUGCCACGCUGAGGGCAUCCCCGCUCCACAACUGUCCUGGCUCAAGAACGGCAUGGACAUUAAAACCAAGCUGUCCAAACAACUCACCCUGCAAGCAAAUGGAAGUGAGGUGCACAUCAGCAACGUGCACUUCGAAGACACCGGCGCUUACACCUGCAUUGCCAGAAAUGAGGCUGGUGUGGACGAGGACAUCUCUUCUCUGUUCGUGGAGGACUCGGCACGCAAAACCUUGGCAAACAUCUUGUGGCGUGAAGAAGGUCUCGGGAUUGGAAACAUGUUUUAUGUGUUCUACGAAGACGGGAUCAAAGUCGUUCAGCCGGUGGCGUGUGAGAUCCAGCGACACAUAAAGCCCAGCGAGAAGCUGCUGUCUCUGCAGGAGGAGGUGUGCCCCACCUCACCUGGAGACACGGUCCAGAGGUGCGUGUGGUCAUCAGCUGUCAACGUCAAGGACAAGUUUAUUUAUGUGACGCAGCCAACCUUGGACCGAGUGCUCAUAGUCGACAUCCAGUCUCAGAAAGCUGUUCAGACAAUCAGCACCGACUCUUAUCCUGUGAAGCUCCAUUAUGACAAAUCUCAUGACCAGGUGUGGGUGCUGAGCUGGGGGGACAUGGAGAAGAACUUCCCCACCCUGCAGGUGAUCCAUCAAGCCAGCGGAAGAGUGUCCCAUCACACCGUUCACACACAGCCGGUGGGCCGACACUUCGACAGGGUGGAGGACUUCUUCAUCCCCUCCUCCAGCCUCAUCAUUAACCACGUCAGAUUUGGUCUGAUUCUUCAUCAAAACGAACCGAUCCUCUACAAGAUCAACUUGGAGACAACGGCUUACAUUAAAAACAUCAGUCUGUGGGAGUUUAACUGCAUCCCCAAGUCUGUAGCCUACACCCAUCUUGGCGGUUACUACCUUAUUAACUGCAAGCCGGACUCCACCGGCGCCACACAGCCCCAGCUGAUCUUAGACAGCGUGACAGACGGCGUGAUCGGCCAGAACAGUGACGUCACCGGCACACCCUACGCAUCUCCAGACGGCCGCUAUCUGGUCACAGUCGAUGACAGCAAUGGACUGAUGAGGAUCCAGACCAUCUCCGAGCGGGGAAAGAUCCAGGAGCCCUUCGACAUCCACACCAACCUGCACUUGUCAGACCUGGCUUUCCAGCGCUCCUUCACAGAGAUCCAUCAGUACAACGUGUUCGGCAGCUCCGGUCGUCAAACCGACGCACUGUUUGUGGAGCUCAGCACCGGCAAAGUCAAGAUGAUCAAGAGCUUGAAAGAGGCCAUCAAGUCGUUUGAUUGGCCGUGGAGCAGCAGGAACAGGGUCAUGGUGAGCAGCGGACUUUUCGGACAGUACCUCACAACACCUUCCAGGGAGUCCCUGUUCAUCCUGGAUGGAAGGCUGAACAAGCUCAACUGUGAGAUCACAGACGUCCUCAAAGGCAACGUGGUGGUUUGGGUUGGGGAUUCUUAGGUCAUGACAUCAGGACCCACUGAGCUUUGUUUCCCUUAAAGGUACUGUUGCACUAAAUUAUGUUGCAGAUUGUUUAAUUUUGUAAGAGAUAGCAAAAAUCACAGAUCAGAAACCAAAUUGAUGAGUUAGUUUCCUAAAUGCUAAAUGUCAUUGAUGAAUACUUUAAAGCGUGUGGGGGCAUAAUUUAAAAGACACCUUGUUUUUGAAUUAUUCUACCAGGUUGUUUUCUUGACUUGCUUGGCAGUAGCAUCUUUCAGGUAAUUGGUAUGAACUUGUAAAUGUAUGCAUCGACUUUGUGUGGGAAUGCUGUAGAUGAUCUGACUACAACUGCAGCAAAUUGACAAAAUAUACACGUAGUGCACUGUACAUAACGUAUACGGCCAGACCGAGUCUCGCCAUCCAAGUUCAUCCAUCCCCAACUUUUUCCUGUGCCUUCAAGGAAAACUUCCCUAUAUCAGAAUAAGCAUAAUUAUUCCCUGCGUGGCUGCAGGCUGCACCUCUUUCUUUGACCCCUUCAUUCAUG